CCAUGUGGAAGAGAGGCUGAAAACAAGUGCAGUCACGGUAAAUAUUUGGACUAAACCACAAUGAGUCUUUUACCUCGAACCGCCGAAGAGUUCAGCUCUGCAGAGUAUUGGGAGAGAUUCUUUAAGAAGCGCGGAGAGAAGGCUUUUGAGUGGUACGGAGACUACAACAAACUCUGCGGCGUGCUGCAUAAAUACAUCAAAGUGCAAGAUAAGGUGCUGGUUGUUGGUUGUGGUAACUCUGAGCUGAGUGAACAGCUAUAUGAUGUCGGCUACAAACAUCUGACCAAUAUAGACAUCAGUGAGACAGUGGUAACGCACAUGAACCAGCGAAAUGCUGAGCGCAGACCCGGCCUGACCUUCCACCAGGUGGAUGCUACACAAACUCCAUAUGAGGAUGCCAGCUACCAGGCUGCUCUGGACAAGGGCACCCUGGAUGCAAUGGCCUCUGAAGAAGAAGGAGCUUUGGCCAGGAACAUGCUCACUGAGGUGGGCCGAGUGCUGAAAGUCGGAGGGAGGUAUGUCUGUGUGACACUGGCUCAGGAGAGUGUCAUAAAGUUAGCUGUGGAUCACUUUGUUCAGCUCGGGUGGGCGGUGAGGCUCCACUGCCUGCAGGAAGAAACUGGGCCGCAUGAAGACUCCUUUGCUCUACCUGUUUUUGUUCUGGUUUGCACCAAGUUCCGUCAGCCUAUGCCCAUGCCCAUUCUUGAGAUGUGUCUCGGAGAGGAUGGCGCGCCGGUUCGUCAAACACAAGUUUCAGAGAUGCUGUCGGCUGUGAGAGAACAUCAGGCUUACUCUGUCUUGAGAAAGAGGCUCCGCACAGGCACUGAUGCCAGCGCAAACCUCUCCCUCACUCUCUGCCACGCCAAGACUGGCCUUCCCAGAUACACUCUCACAGUACAGGAUUCUGUCCCUGGUGCCAAAGUGCCAAGAUUAAACCAGUUUGCUAUAUUUAUUGUGCCUCAAGGGAGUGAGACAGCUUGGCUCUACAGCUCCAGCGAGGGCCGAAGGCAGCUGGCAGCCAGUGCUAACUUCCGGCGCCUGGUCAUAGUUGCAAUGCACAGGAAUCAGGAGUACAAAGACAUGGAUGCUGUCCAGUCAGAACUUUCACCAAUGGUGAUGGACUUGGCUCCUCCAGGCAUGCCAGCCAACCAUCAGGUGCCCUUUCUGUCAGUGGGAGGCAACCUUGGUUGGCGAGAGGAGAUCAGCAGAGGUGUGAGUCAGCUGAGUGGGGAGUUUAUUGUGGAGAACGUCAAAGGAGAAGAUGGAGAACUGUAUCGCAGACUUGUAUUCCUGUCUAACUCUGCCCUUGUUCAGUCAGAGAGCCGUCUUGUCUCAUCAAAUACUGCAUCAAGUCAAAAGAAAAAGAACAAAAAGAAGGCCAAAGCAACAGCUCCUCCAGUAACAACUUCAUCCUCUCUGUCAGUGGACAGUGGCUUCCUCUGCUGCGCUCACCAUGAAGUCAUGGUGGCCGGUCUUGCUAUGCUUGGUCUGGGAUCGCCACAGAAUAAAGACGUCCCAGUGUCAGUGCUCCUGGUGGGGCUCGGUGGAGGAGGCCUGCCUCAGUUUCUGCGGGACUUUGUGCCCGGAAUAACCGUUGAGGUUGUAGAACUGGACCCUGUUGUGCUGGAAGUGGCAAAGACGUGGUUCGGGUUCCUACCAGAUGACCGUUUGACCGUCACUCUUGGGGACGGCCUUGAACGUAUCUGUGCCUUGGAGAAAGAAGGUGGUCGAUUGUUCGAUGCCAUCAUGUUCGAUGUAGACAAUAAGGACAGCACUUUGGGUAUGAGCUGUCCUCCUGCUGCCUUCGUAGAAACCUCCAUCCUGCAGAAAGUCUCCAGCUUGCUAACUCCCCGAGGUCUGUUCAUACUGAACCUUGCAUGUCGUGACUCGGCCCUGAGGAAAAGCGUGCUUGAGCGUGUGAAUGGUGUGUUUCCCACCAUCCUCUCUCGAAACAUUGAAGAGGAGAUCAAUGAAGUCCUUCUGUGCUCUCGCGGAGACAAGGAGACAUCAGAUCGCAUCCUUCCAUCCUUGAACCAAGCAGCCAAGAAUCUGCAGAGCGUGCUGCACUCUAACAGGACUGAACCCAACCGCAGGCCUCAUAUAGACAUUGCAGAGUUGUUAAAAAACCUGAAAGUUGCCUGAAAUUUGUAUGUGACCAAGGUAGGCUGGUUUUAACUAAGUGCCAAGAUGGUUGAGAUAAUAUAAUGGAGAUUCUGAAAUAUGAGAAUACCUGCAUUGGUCUUUGUCAUUCAGUGCAGUGUAAUGAAAGCAUAUAUGUACACAUGGGUGUAAAUUUUGGGGAUUUAGGGGAUAUUUAAUAUUUAGAACAUAUGCAUUAGUCACCCCUCCCCCAAUAAAACCAUGAAAAAAAGCAGAAAACUUUUAUUUUGAAAAACUGUGAUACCCUUACAGUUGGAGCCAGCAACACCUCAGACAGAGGUUGGUCUUGUUCUCCAGCAUUGGUUUUUUAAACACUCGAAACAUGAAAUAUGGUGCUGUGUAGACAGAUUGAUGACCAUGCAGAAUCCAUGAGGGAGAAGAAGAAGGAGGACUUUUUUUUUCUCAAAAAGUCCACUAGAUAAUGUUUUCAAGUUUACUCAACAUUAUUUUUGCUUUCUAAAAUUAUUUAGAGGCUUUGACAAGGUCUCAUUGUCUUGUUAUUUUAAUCAAUGUUUUUAUCCGUUAUAGCCAAAAUGGGCUGUUUGCUUGUUUUCAGUCAGCUUCAAUUACACAGUUGAGAUAUACAUAAUUCAUAAAACUCACUGACACUACAGAUAUAUGUAAACAUGUUAUGAAUGUGCAGAAGGUUUUGAACAUACGCUAUUAAAGUCCAGAAAUUUCCAAAUAAUUUUAAAUGAAUUCGUUGGUAUGAAUAGUUGCUACAUGUACAUUUUAAAAGAGUCACUUCUCCUAACAAAAGACACAGAACAGAAGAGGAAUUAAUUCCUGUAUGUGUGCUGACUCAGAAGGGACAAUCAUAAAAGAGAAAGUUCAUCUACAGGUGAAUAAAUAUUUGAAAGCAA